AUGUCUUCAACCACCGAUCUCGCGACAGCCGCAAUUGCGGGCAACGCUCAAGAUGGCGCUGGCAACAGAGGCGCGUUUAUCGUUUUGGAGGGCUUGGACCGAAGUGGGAAAACAACCCAGGUGAAACUGCUGGAGCAAAGAUUUGUCGAAGAGAGUAAAAAGGUCAAGGUUAUGAGAUUUCCUGACAGAACUACACCCAUCGGGCAGAUGAUUGAUAACUACCUCAAGAGCAAUGUAGAAAUGGACGACCAUGUCAUUCAUUUGCUCUUCAGCGCAAACCGGUGGGAAGCUGUCAAACAAAUACAAUCCCUUUUGGCUUCAGGAACAACUAUCCUCUGUGACCGUUACUAUCACUCAGGAAUUGUCUACUCAGCCGCCAAGCAGAACCCCUCUCUCACUCUCCCUUGGGCCCGCGCCCCGGAACGCGGCCUUCCCCGUCCUGACCUUGUGCUGUUCCUUGACCUGACCGAGGAGCAAGCGCAGGCACGAGGUGGAUGGGGUGGAGAAGUGUACGAAAGAUCUGGUAUGCAGAAACGCGUGAGGGAAUUGUUCUGGGGACUUAGUAUGGGCGGCAAGGACGUUGCAGCCCAGGGACUUGGACUUGAUGAGGGAGAGGGAUGGACGCAAGAGGAGGAGGAUCUGGUUGUUGUUGAUGCUGGAGGUAGUGUUGAGGAGGUCAACGAGGAGGUUUGGAAAAAGGUCAGAGCGAGGGUUGAGCAAGUUGAGAGGGGUGAGGUUGGAAGGAGUGUGAGGGUGGUGAGGUAG